AAUUCUCAUGUGCUUUUCAACCCCACCGAAUAAUACCCUCCAAAAAUCUCUUCAAUUAAUAAUCCAAUACGUUUCCCCAACGCAAAGCCCACAAAAAUUCUCAUCUAAGCAUCCGAUUUCUCCGGCCAUUUCCCGCACAAAUAACACUUAACCGGAAAUGGCUGCUCCGGCGGAGGACGACGGUUCGAAUUGUUUUUUCGAUUUCAGUUUGAUCGAACAGUUUCCGGUUCCCGGAGGUGAACUUCCGUCGCUCGAACCGGAUUUCCACUGGUCCUCUGAUCCAUUCCCUGAUUCAACUGAAAUUAGUAACGGGUUUGUGGAUUCAGUCGGGAGAUCAAAUACCACCAAGGAGGAUGAGUCGAGAAAGAGGCCGAAUCCCGGAUCGAGCUCUGAUUCGAAAGCAUGCCGAGAGAAGAAGCGGAGGGAUAAGCUAAACGAGAGGUUUCAAGAACUGAACGAAAUACUGGAUCCUGGAAGGUCAUACAAGACGGAUAAGACUGUUAUCUUGACGGAUGCGAUCCGAAUGGUUGUUCAGUUGAGAAACGAAGCCUCCCAACUUAAGGACUCCUCUCAAGACAUGGUCGUUAAAAUCAACGAGUUGAAGGUCGAGAAGAAUGAGCUUAGAGACGAGAAACAAAAGCUAAAGGCGGACAAAGAAAGACUCGAACAGCAACUGAAAGCAUGUUGUGCCCCUCCGACCGCCUUUUAUCCUCCCGCUCAUCCCGUGAUGCAAAUGCCGCCAGCCGUUGGCGGCAAGUUCAUGCCGAUCAUGGGAUUCCAAGGAGUUCCGAUGUGGCCGUUCGCGACUCCGACUGCCGUCGAUACCUCGAAAGAUCACGUUCUCCGAUCGCCGCUAGCGUAGACGAAAUCGUUCGAAUUUGUGCAGAUGGGAAAGGAGUUAUUUGUAUUCUAAUCUUGAAGCUAUUGAUGAAUUUGGUGUAAUUUGACUUCUUGAUACAUAUUAUCCAAAUUUUGACCUCAUGGAAUUUUUG